AUGCUGUCAGCGCGUCAGUUUCUCUGGCUGCCCUCUGCGAGUCCUAAGCGCGUCUUCUUAUCAAAGAAGCACACCAACUUGCGUUGAGCCUUAUCUUUAUCAUGGGGACUGUUUGUUUUGCAUGGCAUUUGUGUUUGGCUGUCGCUUUCUUCCACCCUGCCAGGUUUGCAAGAGGCAAUGGGGUCCCAGAUGCUGAUGAAUGUACAGAAGGGACAGACGACUGUCACAUUGAUGCAAUUUGUCAAAACACACCUAAGUCAUACAAAUGCAUUUGCAAACCAGGUUAUAAAGGAGAAGGAAAACAGUGUGAAGACAUUGAUGAGUGUGAAAAUGACUUUUACAAUGGAGGCUGUGUACAUGAAUGCAUUAACAUUCCAGGCAACUACAGGUGUACGUGUUACGAUGGGUUCAUGUUGGCUCAUGAUGGACACAACUGCCUUGAUGUUGAUGAAUGUCUGGAUAAUAAUGGCGGCUGCCAGCAGAUUUGUGUCAAUACUAUGGGAAGCUAUGAAUGCCAGUGCAAAGAAGGCUUUUUCCUGAGUGAUAACCAGCACACCUGUAUUCACCGCUCCAAUGGAGAGAGUGGGAUAUUAGUUUAUCAUACCAUCAUGAAAAUUGGAGGAAAUUCAUUAAGAAACCCUAGAGAGGGUAUGAACUGUAUGAACAAAGAUCAUGGGUGUGCACAUAUCUGCCGAGAGACACCCAAAGGUGGGGUUGCCUGUGAAUGUAGGCCUGGCUUUGAACUUGCCAAAAACCAGAAGGACUGCAAAUUAACCUGUAACUAUGGAAAUGGAGGCUGCCAACAUACCUGUGAUGACACAGAUACUGGUCCUGUGUGUGGUUGUCAUCAGAAGUAUGCCCUACACUCAGAUGGCCGAACAUGCAUUGAGAAGGAUGAGGCUGCAAUUGAGAGUUCUGAGUUCAAUGCCACGUCAGUAGCUGAUGUGGACAAGCGGGUGAAACGGCGGCUACUUAUGGAAACAUGUGCUGUCAAUAAUGGAGGCUGUGACCGUACUUGCAAGGAUACAGCAACAGGAGUACGUUGCAGUUGCCCAGUUGGAUUUACCCUGCAGCCUGAUGGGAAAACAUGCAAAGAUAUAGAUGAAUGUCUGGUAAACAAUGGUGGCUGUGACCAUUUCUGCCGAAACACUGUGGGCAGCUUUGAGUGCAGCUGCCAGACGGGCUAUAAACUACUAACAGAUGAACGAACCUGCCAAGAUAUAGAUGAAUGCUCAUUUGAAAGGACCUGCGACCAUACCUGUAUCAACUAUCCUGGAAGUUUUGAAUGCUUGUGUCGUAAAGGCUACACAUUGUAUGGAAUGACACACUGUGGAGAUAUCGAUGAAUGUAGCAUCAGCAAUGGGAGCUGUGACUAUGGAUGCCUUAAUACAAUGGGGAGUUACGAAUGUGUUUGUCCAUUGGGGAAGAAAUUACACUGGAAUAAAAAGGACUGUGUUGAGAUGGUGAAAUGCCUUCCAAACGCCAAGCCAGCUCCAAAGGCCCAGUUGGUCUGUAGCAAAUUGGGAGGGAUUGAGAGCUGUUUCUUAUCAUGUCCAUCCAACACACUUUUUGUCCCAGACACAGAGAAUAGUUAUUCAGUAAGCUGUGGAGUGCCAGUACAGCAGGGCAAGUCACCACAGAAACGCAAUAGUACGCUUCCUAGCUGUGCAGACAUAUUAGCACCGCCCAUCAAGCAGAAGGCUCGUUUUAAAAUCAAGGAUGCAAAAUGUCAUUUAAGGCCUCGCAGCAAAGAAAAAAUUAAAGAUAUUGGAAAGCAGCAGGCUGUUAUAGGAGGUCAAUUCCCUUGUACAGACAACUGCCAGGUAACCUUUGUGACCCUCAAAUGUGAUUCAUCUAAGAAGAAACGUCGUGGCCGAAAAUCACCAUCAAAGGAAGUAUCCCAUAUCACUGCUGAGUUUGAAAUGGAGAUGAAGUCGGAGGAAGUCUCAGACACCUGUAAUGUUGACUGUUUGCGGAAAAGGAUGGAGCAGAAGCUACAGUCAGCAAUCAAAACUUUGAGGAAAUCUAUUAACAAACAGCAAUUUUACAUUCAGUUUUCUGGGACAGAGUAUGAAGUGGCUCAGAAGGCAGCUAAAGUUGUCGCUGAAGGACAUGACUUCUGCAGUACAGGGCAAGUGCAGCAGGACGGAAAGUGUGUUACCUGCAGCAUGGGCACCUAUUAUAGUGGAGAACAUAACCAGUGCAUUCCUUGCUCACCAGGAACAUACCAAGACACAGAAGGUCAACUCUCCUGUGAACCUUGCCCAAGCAAUGAUGGACAGGGAGUAGCAGGUGCACGGAAUGUUUCAGAAUGUGGAGGACAGUGUUCUCCUGGAUAUUUUUCUUCUGACGGCUUUAAACCUUGUAGACUAUGUCCACUUGGCACCUAUCAAUCUGAGCCAGGAAGGACCCUCUGUUUUCCAUGUGGUGGAGAACUGGUGACAAAAUACGAAGGUGCAAUGUCAUUUCAGGACUGUGAAACAAAAGUUCAUUGUUCUCCUGGCCACUACUACAACUCUACAACCCACAGAUGUAUCAGAUGUCCUGUUGGAACCUAUCAGCCUGAAUUUGGUCAGAACUACUGCAUCACCUGCCCUGGGAAUACUAGUACAGAUUUUGAUGGUUCUACUAAUGUUACACACUGUAAAAAUCAACAAUGUGGUGGGGAACUUGGAGACUAUACCGGCUAUAUUGAGUCUCCCAACUAUCCUGGAGAUUACCCAGCAAAUGUUGAAUGUAUUUGGAAUAUAAGCCCACCCCCAAAGAGACGGAUUCUCAUAGUGGUCCCUGAGAUAUUCCUUCCCAUUGAAGAUGAGUGUGGUGAUGUUUUAGUUAUGAGGAAAAGUGCUUCUCCAACCUCUAUUACUACCUAUGAAACUUGCCAGACCUACGAAAGACCCAUAGCAUUCACCUCCAGGUCACGAAAGUUGUGGAUUCAGUUCAAAUCAAAUGAAGGAAACAGUGGCAAAGGAUUCCAAGUACCAUAUGUAACAUACGAUGAGGAUUAUCAACAGUUAAUUGAAGACAUUGUUAGAGAUGGACGUUUAUACGCCUCAGAAAAUCAUCAAGAAAUUUUAAAAGACAAGAAACUGAUCAAAGCCCUUUUUGAUGUAUUGGCACAUCCACAAAACUAUUUCAAGUAUACAGCACAAGAAUCAAAGGAGAUGUUCCCCAGAUCAUUUAUAAAGCUACUGCGAUCAAAAGUUUCCAGAUUUCUACGACCAUACAAAUAGAUACCUAGUGCUUUUCAAACAUUUUUGUUCUGUUGCAUUCCUGUCAAAUAUUGUAUUAUUUUCAACAGUAGAAACAUUUUUGCUGUUUUGAAAACUCAUUGGCAGUCUUUAUCUUAAAUUGUAUAUUGAAGAAUAACUAUAAUGCUUUAUAAUCUCCAAUAUUUUGAAUGGGAUUUUUUUUACUUCAAAGAAGAAAUCAUUUUGGAUUCAAGUGCAUCCAGUUGAAGAUCCAAAUUUAUGCAUGCACUAGUUUGCCUUCAGUUUAUAUUGAAAAACAUUUGUUUUAGAAAAUGUAUCUCUAAACAUUUUCUUCUAAACAAAGAAGAAACCUGGUCAAAGAAACUACCUGCAAAGAAGAGUUAUGAUAGAAAGGAGUAUGUAGUAUAAAAUAAUACUUGGAUUUUGAAUUGCACUUGAACUUUAUAUGUGGAAUUUUAUGGAAGAAAUCUGAAUUUCAUUGUUUCCCAUUGGCAGUUUUGAAGAGACUUUGUUCUAGGUAUAAACCAAAAAAAGACAAAGAAUGGUGUGGAUAAUAACAUUGGUGUGUAAUUUUUUUAAUGUAUUAGAUCUAAUCCCACAUUCUAAUAGUUUGCUGGCCCUACUAUAAGAUUUUCAAAAGUCUACUAGUGUCUAAAGCUGCAGAUGGAAUUAUAGACAAUUUGGUUAAACUGUUAUUUUUUACAAUAGGAUGGAAGAGACUCAAGGAAAAAAAUAGUAGCCAGUUUUCUUGUCCUUGAUGGAACAUCUAAAUAAGUACAUUAUAUAAAUAUAUAAAUAUAUACUUCUAUCUGUGGGUUCCUUAGUAGUAUUAUCUGUAGGUAAUGUAAAUACCGUUCAGAUCAUAGAGAUGUAUCCAACUAAAUCAUAGUCAGAAUAGACCCAUUGAAAUCAGUCAACAAAUCCAUUGAUUUCAGUGGGUCUAUUCUGGGUCAGACUUCACUGGAAAUGAUCCAUGCUCCUUCUGCCACAAGCAGAGGCCACAAUCCAGAGCCCUUCUUGUAAAUGGUGACAGCUAUGGUGGGAGGAAAGGCUGUGGGAAAUGGAGCUCUGCGAGUGUGUUUGGUUCUUUCACUCCCUAGUCAGUAGUGCUUCAUUUGCAGGAUCCAGGCUAUGUAACUGGUUUGUGGCUAUGCCAUUUAUAUCCACAUUUCCCCAAACUUGAAGGAAGCUGAAACCUUAUGAUGAGAAAUAGAUCCUCUGCAGACCCAGAUGUAGUCAGGACACAAAAUGCUGGUUUUGGGAAGAACCUCAAAAAUAGGUACAAGUAAUUAUUUUUUGUUCCCAUAUGUUUCCAGUGUACUGAGUAAUAACCCAUUGGUUGCUGGUCCCUAACCCUUAGUCAGUUUGAUCUAAUUCAAUAUGACUGGGCUGCUAUUUUACUAUGUGUGUAAUACUUAAUUAUAACGGCUUCAGAGAGCAAGAUACCAACAGUACAUCUACUUUUGUGUUGAAAAAUGUUUCAAAAGAAAUAUUACAGACUUCACUGCAUUUUUUUAAAACUUAUUUAACCAUGUAAAUGGUUACCAUGUACAUAUAUCAUAAACAUACACGAAAGAAAAAAAGUACUUGUAACAUGUCUUCAUCAUCCAAAUUCUAACAUUUAAUAGAUAUAUGAUAGAAAUUUGAGAGCCAGUGUUCUCAGAGCUAUGUACAAUUAUUACCUGUCUCAUCCACUUUGUUGUCAUUAACUUCACAUUUAUUGUAAUGCUGUACCUACCACCUAUCGAAACAGUUGUUUUCUGGCACAUCCAGCAGUGGGUAGUGGGUAGGUGUGGUGCCGCAUGCCUGAUCUCCUGGCAGCAGCAUAGCUACACAUUACCAGUAGGGGGAAUGGCAAACUGUAGAGACAUUGCUGCUGUGCGAGAACACCAGCAGGAGUGCCAUAUUGGCUUUGUUGGUGCACGUGUACAGCACUAACAUCCCCACCAUCUUGCCCCUCGCAAUAAACUUUUUUCAACACAUCAGGUGCGUAGUGAUGCCCCUCCACACCAGCUGCUACUGGCCACAUCCACAACAUUUUUUGUAAGAUAGACCAGUAUUAGCCCAUGUGCAUUUUAGACUCACUUUCACAUCCGCAAAUCCUCUUUUUAGUAUAGCCAAUGAAUUAUACUCUUAGCCAAACUGAUGGAUUCAGCUCUAGAGGUAAGGACAUUCUUGCAACUGACAAAAAGUCCCUAGAAAUGGCACUGUUUAACAUGCUCUCCAAACUCCUCAUUCAUUGAUGAGGGAUAGUGCCAUAACUACUAAUUUAGUGCCCAGUCCUAGCUUCCAGUUCUACUUCCGUUUUCCCUGUCUCAGAAGCUGGUGAUGGGCUGAAUUAAGAACGGUUGUAGACUUGUAGGGGGUACUUACUCAAAUAGGGGACACUAUCCUUGCUCAAAUGCAAGAGGCUGGUGAGUGGUGAUCAGAGACAGUUUCGGUUAUGGCGCCUGUGCAUUUCAAAUGCUUGCCUGCUGCCCACUCUGGUAUCAGUGCCAGGUGAAUACCUUUUUAUUUGUCAGAGCAUUUCAUGUUAUUUAACUGCUAUUUUCUGGUUUAGUCCAGUUUUAUUGUUGGUUGCUGCUGUUUUUAUUUUUAUCCUCUGUUACUAUUGAACUUUUUAUUGUAUAGAUUUCUGUUCUUAAUUGAACACCUACCAACCCCCACUCAAAAAGAUUAUGCCGAGGGCGGCUUAUAUAUUUGCUAAAUGAACAAAUAAACUUCCUUUCAACAUUUCUUCUGGAUCUGAAGAGUUCAUUAAUGUACUUGCCAGUCUGAUAAAGGAUAUGAGCAGGUGCAUAGCUCCCAGAUAUACAUAAAUAUUAGAAUAUAUCUGGGUAACCACAAACUCCCCCUCCCGUUAUAUGAUAUAGUUGCCAGCCUGUUGUGUAUUAUAUGAUUUUUUUUUCUUUUAUAAGUUCAGCAUUAAAUAUUAUAUUGUACUGGAGUCUGUAAUAUAUUGCUUUUGAAAAGCUGCCUAAAAAGAAAUAAUAUUGGUAAGAAUCACAAUGUCUCCUACCUGGCAGCAAGUAAAGCCAAGGUUGCAAGGCAUCACUAAAUGCAUUUGUAGUGAGCACAUUGAAAGCAUACAGAAUCAACAACAGCAAAUAA